AUGGGCUUCGACACGUACGCAACCCCGCUCGACGGCAGAUAUGCCAGCCCCGAGAUGAAAACGCUCUUCGGAGCGAGAUCCAGACACUCGACCUGGCGCAAGUUAUGGCUUUUCCUUGCCCAAGCCGAGAAGGAGACUGGCGUUGAGGGCAUCACAGACGAGGCGUUGAAGCAGAUGGAAGAGCAUCUGACUGUCACGGACGAGGACUUUCAGGUGGCCGCUGUUGAGGAGAAGAGACGCCGUCACGAUGUUAUGGCCCACGUCCAUGCCUUUGGGCAAGUCGCUCCUGCGGCUGCCCCAAUCAUCCAUUACGGAGCAACUUCAUGCUAUGUCACUGACAAUGCCGAGUUGAUUCUGAUGAGAGAUGCCAUGGACUUGCUGCUGCCCAAGCUGGCCAAGGUGAUCGACAACCUUUCUAAGUUUGCUCUCGAGCACAAGGAUCUCCCCACCCUCGGCUACACCCACUACCAGCCCGCCCAGCUGAUCACCGUUGGCCGUCGCGCUACUCAGUGGAUUCAGGACCUGGCCAGGGACUUGAAGAACAUUGAGACUCAGCGCAAGGAACUGCGUUUCCGUGGUGCGAUGGGUACCACCGGCACUCAGGCUUCUUUCAUGGAGGUCUACCACGGCGACGGAGAGAAGAUUGACAAGCUGAAUGAGCGCCUGUGCGAGCUGGCUGGCUUCGAAACAGGUGUCUACGACAUCUCAGUCCAGACUUACAGCCGUAAGGUCGAUUUGGAUGUGUCCAACGCCAUUGCUGGCCUUGGUGCCACCGCGAUGCACAUCACCAACGACCUGCGUCACCUCGCUACGCAGAAGGAGAUCGAGGAGCCUUUCGAGAAGGACCAGAUCGGAUCAAGCGCCAUGGCUUACAAGAGAAACCCCAUGAGAAGCGAGCGUAUUUGCUCUUUGGGAAGGAAACUUCGUUCAUUGCCCGUCAACUUCGCGGAUACUUUUGCGGAUCAGUGGUUCGAACGUACCCUCGAUGACUCUGCCAUCAGGCGAAUUGAUAUCCCAGAGAUGUUCCUCCUUGCCGACGCCAUCCUUUUGGGACUGGACAACGUGACCUCUGGCUUGGUUGUCUACCCUAAGCGUAUCCACGCCCGAGUGAUGGACGAGCUUCCGUUCAUGGCCACCGAGAACAUUAUCAUGAAGCUGGUGGCUAAGGGCGGCUCUCGCCAGGACGCACACGAGGAGAUCCGUGUUCUGUCCCACCAGGCCAGCGACGUCGUCAAGAAGGAGGGAGGCGCCAACGACCUGAUCGAGCGUAUCCGGGCGACCCCGUACUUUGCGCCUGUCCACGCAGAGCUGGACAACAUUUUGGACCCCGCUCUGUACACCGGACGCUCCGGAACUAUCGUCGAGCGGUAUGUUGGCCCUGGCGGUCCCAUCCAGAAGGCUCUUGCCCCUUACGCAGACUACAUCAACAAGUCUGGCACCGCGCAGCUCAGCGUUUAA